AUGAGCUUCUAUACCGUUGUUGCCGUUUUUUUCACGGUGGCCUUGGCCAGCGUGAUAUUUUGGUUCUUAGCACCUAAAGAGAACCAAACGGUGUGGAGAAGUACAGUCAUUUUAUCACUGGCUAUGAUGUUUUUGAUGUGGGCAUUUACAUACUUAGCACAGCUGCACCCACUGGUAGCCCCACGUCGCUCAGAUCUAAGACCUGAGUUUGCUGAAUAG